CUGAGUUCCAUCAGAAACGCAUGUAUACACACACACACACGCGGGGUGAGCAUCACUCCUGACAGUGUUAGCGGUCAUCUCCAGUGUGUUUGUGUGUGAUUUAAAGUGGUGAUGUUGCGCUGUGUGUUGUUGAACACUGUGCGAGCCGGAAGUGCUGUUCAUGUGAGGAAUUCUCCGCCGUGUUUCUGUCACAUCGCUGUGAGAAAGUUCGCGAAUGUCCCAAACCCAACCGGAGAAGAAGAUGAGGUCCAGUUCGGGGAUUAUUCUAGAACUUUCUCCUCCAGGAUGAUUUUCCGGAAGACGUCCGCUGAGCAGCGGGACGCGAAACAUAUAGACGCGGAAGUGGAGCAGGACGAACCUUACCACUUCCGGUUUAGAACCAAGCACCGGAAGAGUAACACACCGUACUGGUAUUUACUGCAGUGCAAGAAGCUGCUCAAGAAAGAUAAAUUAUCUGAGGCAUUAGCGCUGUUUGAGGUUGACAUGCUGAAAGGGGAGCGAUUGCAGCCGGAGGAGUAUAACUACACGGUGCUGAUUGGGGGAUGUGGACGAGCCGGAUAUAUCAAAAAAGCCUUUAAACUUUACAAUGAUAUGAAGAAGCGCGGGUUAGAGCCCUCGGGCGCGGCCUACACGGCUCUGUUCAACGCCUGCGCCGAGUCUCCGUGGAAGCAGUCGGGUCUGGAGCAGGCGCUGAAACUGCGUCAGGAACUGCGCAGGAAAAACAUCCCUCUCAAUGCCAUUACCCAUCAUGCACUGCUCAAAACGGUGGCGCGGGCCGGAGACCUGAAGGCUUGUUUUCAAGUGCUGCGGGAGAUGCUACAAAGCGGACAGGCCAUCACACAAGAGACAUUUCAGUACUUGCUGAUGUGCUGCGUGGAGGACAAGGAGCAGGGCUUCAGACUCGCGCUACAGGUGUGGCACCAGAUGCUAACAGCUGGAAUAAAACCAGACGUCCAGAACUAUAACAUCCUUCUGCGCGCCGCGAGGGAUUGUGGGAUCGGCGAUCCUGCCCUGGCUUCUAAAUUACUCCUGAGGGGUCAGGAGGAGUCCGAACUCCCAGCUCAGAGAAGAGGUCAGAGGUCGAGGCUGAGAGAGGGGGCGUGUCCUCCGGAGCCUUUAGACGUGGAUGCGUUCGAGCGGCGCGUGCUGACCGACACGGCGUCUGAUCUCACACGGCCGACUCUGGACUCGACAGAAACUCAUCCGAUUCCUGCUUCCUCGUCACCUUGCCUGUCGCCGUCGCUACAGCCGGCGCCUCCGUCGCCGUCGGUCCCAAACCUGCUGGACCCGAGCACCUGUCACUCGGAUGUGGUCGCCUUGGCGACAGCGAGCAACGCGUCCGAUAGGCUGGCGCUGAUCGGAGACCUCGACGGCUUCCUGAGUAAAAUGUCCGACGAGGGAUUGAAGCCCACCGUCAAGACUCUCACGCUGUUGGCCGACGUCACGGAGCCCAGCAGCCAAUCAGUACACAGCCUGAUCCAGGUGGCCAAUCAGGGCGGAGUCAAGCUGGACGUGGGUUUCUUUAAUACGCUGAUCAGGAGAGCUGCUAAAGUGGGAGACGUGGAGGGAGCCAAGGCUGCGAAGGCGCUGAUGCUGGAGAGGAAGUUGCGUGUAAACGCUCGGACGUUCUGCAGCAUGGCCCUGACCUGUCGCACGCAGAAAGACGGACUCCAGCUCCUCGCCGACAUGGAGGCGUGCGGCGUGACGGCGAACGCUCACGUGUUCAGCGCUCUGAUUGGUCAGGCCACGCGGCGUUUGGACUACGUCUGGCUGCACGAGCUGCUGCUUCAGAUGCACCAGAUGCAGGUUUCACCCAACGACGUCAUCAUCAAGCAGCUGGAGUUCGCCGCGCAGUAUCCUCCCACCUACGACCAGUACAAGUCGAAGAACACGUACUUGGACAAGAUCAACGGUUUCCGUGGUUUCUAUAAGCAGUGGCUGGAGUUCACGCCUGCACAGGAGAUGCCACACCCAUGGGAGAAAUAUCACCAACCCGAGACCGAGAUCGAGCCGGGUGGAGUGGAGUCUGGACGUGGGAGCGAUAAACCGCGUCAGCUGAGCUGAUUCACUAAAUGUAAAAUAAAUAAAUAGUUUUCACAGCAUAUGACUCAACUGAGGAGUGAUAAUUAUAUAUAAUAUAUUCUCUUGUGAGAGAGAGGACGCUAUAGGACGCUUUGGAGAGGGCGCAAUACACACUUUAUGUACAAUACGAUGAUACGGUUUUCAAAUUUGCGUCCACAAUUUGUUCUCUUGAUGACGCUUGUCGAUUUCUUGGAAAGCUGAAACUUCCUCACCAAACAGCAAAAACGUAAGAAAUGUGUGGGUGUGUCCACUGUGCACGUAUCACGGUGCGCGGGUCCGGGAUUCGAGCCACUGUGUGUGUUGUUGGGUGCUGGUUGCGAACUUUCACCACUGCGCAGCCUCAAUCUGCGCGGUAAAACCGAGGAGGAAGUGGACGCCGAGGGCAUCAGGACUCUUACCGAAUCAUGCCCGUGACUUACCCACUUCAAUCUGUCCUCCACACACUACCAUCAUACCACUCCGGAAAAGCUUGACGGGCAUCUCUGUGGGGCUCUCGGAUAUCUCGGUCGUCUCCGUUCUCUAGCACUGCCUGCUUGCGCGCUGUCACAAGGGCCACCCGUACCAGCCAACAAGCCGGAUUUGGCUACAAAACUGUCCUCCGAGUCCCCGCUACUCGGGCUGAAGAAGAAUCGCCGCGUCGGCGUCCCAGCCUACCAGCCGAUGCUUGACGGCACAGGGGAUUUAAAGGAAGAGCAGGAAGGUGAAAUAGAGUCCUUCCUGCGCCCGCUAAUAAACGGUUGCAUGUGAGCAAGACACUGAGUGGCGACGGUGGCAAGGAAACACUUCCUAAGAUGUUUUAAGAGGAAGAAACCUUGAGAGGAACUUGAAGAAUUUAAUUUGGUAACUCGGUGAUGUCUGGUGAAAUGAAAAUCUCAUUUCUGUGAGUAGCUCAACGAUGAAAUUAUUUGAGUUGAACACAGCUGUUGCUUUCUUCCUCUAGUUUGUCUGCAUCCCGUCCAGCCCUGAGUGUGGUGGUGUACCCCCUUCUCCACGAGGACUUAGGGAACGUGAUCAGGGAAAUGCCGCUCUGCCAUCUGGACGAGAUCACGCUCUUCAAGACCCGUGUGGCAGAAGAUCCCACUGUACUGUGAGACACAGAGAGAUGUCUGACAUUGCCUUGCGAUGGUGGAUGUUAACAUUUCACCGCUUAUUGUUUACACAGACACAAAGGGAGUUUUGCAGAUCGUCUAGACGUCACCUGCAAAGGACUGAAAUCAAAAUAAGUGUGUUACAGGCGUUAGUGGGAAGCACAACAGUGCCAGAAUCACAUCACACAUGAAAUAAAGUUGCUGUUGGUGCA